AUGGACGACAACACUCAACGAUACUAUGCUGGGAUGGCAACCCCUGACCACAACUUCACCCCUCCAAUGUCUUCACCCAGGAAUACGAGCACGAGCAUGAGAAACAGGGAGCUCCCAGCUGGAAACAUCAACCAGGUCACCCAUGGCCGGCCCGUCAAUGGCUAUGUCAACGUCAACAGUACAGGUAGCCAGAGAAACCCCAACAACAACUGUUACACCUCCUUCGACAAUAACCUAAACGCCAGUGGUAUGAUGCCUUUUGCCCGCCAAGGAAGUCAGCCUACUCCCGCUGGUAGCAGCAGGCCAAACAAGGCUCAUCAUAUACCAAUGCAUCCGCAAAUGCACCCGCCAUGGUCUAUGGCAAGCAACUCUCCGUAUCAAAGUCCACACGCCCCCGGCAGGGUUGGAGCAAACACCCCGAUGAUAGCUCGUGGACAGGCACCGUUCAAUUCUCCCUACCCCCAGCGGCAUCAGGGCGUCCCACAACGAAUGAUGCCGCCUGGACCCCACGAGAAUCAACUCCCAAACCGAAGAAUGCCUCAAUAUUGUCAACAACCGCUUGCUCAGCCCUCCCCAGAUAUCUCGUGGGACGUGAUUCGGCAGGGGCAAUACGGACAAGCUGUUCAAACCGGCAAUCAAGGCACCAGAGAGCCUCGUUUAAAUAUAACUAGCACGCGUCCGCAACCCAACACGACUCCAGCGGGCACAUCUCGUCAGAUGCCCAAUGUUACCUUCCCCGGCCGUCCAAACACCUACAAGCAGCAAGAUGACUCUGUUAACGAAGGGGCCAAAGGGCCAGUUCUCACGGUGGAACCGGAGAGCGUGGUGACGCCGCAGUCUAUUGACACUGGAGAUGAGAAUGAUUUUCUUUCAGGUGCACGGGCGCCACGUCUUUCGGCUGCUGUUAAAGAGGGAGUGGAGAAAGCAUUUGAAACUGGGCUGCUUCAGGGUCAGAGCGUAGUCUUCUCAAGCUUUGAAAAGGAGUUUCGCGAGAGCCGCACUAUUUUCGGGGUGACGACGACUAUGUCUAGAAACAAAGCAGCGGAUCAAGUCAUCAAAAAUGUUCAAGACCAACUUAAAGCAUUGUUCGAUCCCUGUAAGGCAGGGGUUCCGACGCACCCGGGCGUGAUACAGACUCGACAAUCGCUAGAGAAGAGCAUCAGUAACGGUAACCAAGAAGCUCCAGCACAUCGCGCAGAGGAGACAUCACGAACAAAGGACGCUGCAGCUGGGGCCCAGGAAAGUAAUGAAAAAAAUCCAUCACGGGCUAAUCAGACUAUUCAUAGCAACAAGACCCCCAAGAGUGCGAGAAGGGAGGCCAGAUCCCAAACACCGCAAAGUUCGCAAAUAGUCCCAGGCCGCAGGCGCAGCAAAAGCAAACCUGUGGGCUACACCAUUCUUCGCGUUCAUGAUGAGUAUAGUUAUGAAGGGAACAAAUUCCCUUCGUACCAAUGUUCCGACGGGCAUAGGCGUAUCAGCAGUCCAACCAUGGUCGAGGAGCGCACACAACAACAAACCAGAGCUCCUGCGAAUCCUGCGAAUCCUACUCCGGCUCCGGCGAUGGGCACGCCAUCCCACACGGCAAAGACAUUCUCCAAGCGAGAACUCGAGCCAGAAAGCGACCGUUCCCGUGUGUCGAAGAAGACCAAGGUCGCUCACCCAUCGGACCCGGCGACUAUGAGCCUUCCAUCUGGCGCAUCAUUUGAGCCUGUGUUGUCUGGUUUCGCCAACCAAAAUGCUACAGAGAUUAUGGCCAGCGACUUUAAUCAGCUUCAGAACCUUGCGUGUCAUAUGCAACAACAAACGGAUCCAUACGCUGCAGCUGGCACUACUCCAGCCGUUUUCCCGGGCAAUGCGGAAAACAACUUGUUGCAACCAGUUCAGCAUACCCAAGCGCCCGCGAUAGUACCUGAUGGUUAG